AAUGAAGGUAGCACGGUGCUGUCCCUGUCUCAACCCAACUGUUAACACACGGACAGACGCUCGGCUGUGUUUAUGAUAAUAAUGGAUAAGAGGUCAUUGUAUAGUUAUUGGUAAUUGCCGGUCAAAGGUCGCCAGAUAUCGCCAAACAUCACGACUUUAUCUUUGCAUCAGCUCGGUCCAGUUUUCUUGGUCUGAAGUCUCCCGGUCUGUGAACAGCCAUGGGUGGGCUUGGAAACGGGCGUCGUGGAGGAAGAUCACCCCCUCUAAUGAUUGGUGCGCUGGUUGCCUGCAUCCUGGUGCUGGGCUUUAACUACUGGAUGUCCAGUUCCCGCAACCUUGAGCUACAAACAAAACUUUAUGAGUUAGAAGGCCAGGUGCGCCGAGGGGCAGCAGAGCGAGGAGCUGCAGAGAUAAAGAAGAAUGAGUUCCAGGAGGAAAUUCAGAGACAGAAAGAGCAGAUCACCCACAUUGAAAGCCUCUACAAGAGACAGCUGGAAGGGGCCCAAAAUGCCUGUAACCAAGAGAAGAGCACAUUACAGCAAAACAUUUCUUCCAGUACAAAAACUAUACAGGAACUCAAAGGUCAGUUGAAUCAACUCAAUGAUGAUCUGGGGAAGCUUCAGAAGGAAUUGCAGAAUUGCCAAGCCAACAUCAACACCCUCAACAACAAACUCACUUAUGACAUGACCCACUGUCACUCGCAAGUCCUGUCUCAAAAGGAGCUCUGUGAUGAAAGAGUGGCAGCCGCUAAACUUGAAGUUCAGAAGAAAAUGGAAAAGCUUAUCCCUCCUCCAGGUGUUCCCUCACAGCAGGAAAAUGGAGGGGAAGGAACAGUUAAGGAAAAGGAACCAUUGACAAGUGAGCCUGACACAGGCAAGACAUCACUUGUUGUAAGCCACACACCAAGCAUCAUUCAACCCAAAGCAAAUGAACCAACAGAGUUACUGACCAAUGAGAUCAUCGAGGAAAAAGCUUCAGAUACACUCUCACCUGUGAAAGGUCUUGCCAGACUGGAGUCCGAGUCUGUUCCCUCAGCUGCUGCAGUCAAGCAGGAUGACAUUCUUCCACCACCAGAGGGAGCUGUUAAAACACAGGCUGGUGAGGCAGAGACCAAUGGGCCUUUGGAAAAUAACCUAAACGAGAAUAAAGAGGAUAAAGACUUAGAGCUGAUGGAUGUCCAUGAAGGAGCACAGACGGAGGAUCCUGGGAUGGAGGGUAUGCUGAUUGGCCAGGGAAAAGCAGAUGAGACUCCUCAGAAACCGGAGAUGGCAGAUGAAUACGACACAGAUGACCAAGAAGUGGGUGAAGGUGGUUUAGAGAAACAGCAGCUGAACAAACAGGAAAAUACUGAUCAGGACAUGGAAGAGGAACUAGCCAACUACAAUGGAGACGACGAAAACGAAGGCGAGUUUGAAGCAGACAAACAAGCUGAGCUUGCUCAAAUCUAAGUGCUGGAUUUGAAAAGCCACAUACACCAAAUUGUGACUGGAUGUGUUUUACAUUUCAACACCGCAAACACAAAACGGAAAAAAAACAGGUUAAAGAUCUGUGACAUACAUUUUACUUUUUUUUUUUUAAAUUAUAAUCUGAAACUUAUUUUGUUGCUUUAUGUUUUGUCAAUCUCCAUGAUGAACUGUGCUGUAUUGAGGAUAAUACAUUCACAGCUAAAUACCAUAUCUAAUUUGCAAUAUUCUGAAAGACUCUAAGGUCUCACACACUUCACCAUCACGUACAUUUCACUGUAAAUGUCUGAAGACAGGAGAUGUUUACAGUGAUGUGGAAGUACUCAAUUCUUUAAUAUUUUGCUGUAUGUGUUCUUCUGACAUGGAAAACACAGCUUAAGACAUCACAGGGUGGGAACUAUUGUGGCUUGAAUAACCGAACAUCUCAACAUGCCUGGAAAUCAGUUGUUUUUCUACGUUGUUUAGUGUGUCACAUUCACUCGUUCAUAGGGUUACAGGUUUUAAAGAGUGGAAAGGAUGCUGUAUUUGGGUCAGAUGUCAAGUAUCUCAGCGAACACAGUUUCUAUAUGUACAGAAGAUGUAGGUAAUGUGCUGAGUUGCUUGUUAAAAUGCUGACACCAGUUAUUUGACUGACGUAACCCAGUCAAAUGGCAAACAGCUCGAGUCCCAAGUUGCCAAAUACCCUGUUAAAACAAUGGCUUCCUUCACGACUAUCAAGCAAAUAUUAAAUUAUUUUCUGAUGUAGCUUGGUCAGGGUUUAAUGUAUAUAUUAUUGUAACUGCUGUAACUGUAGAUGUUUCAGAAAGGCAGUGAGGCGAUCGUUACCGAGAGCCCACUGUCUCGGCUUCAUUAGCAUUUCACUGUCGACAACAUUGUUGCUUCUCAGCCAAAUGUGGCGCUGCUGAAUGUUUGCUAUAAUGUACAUUUGGAAUCAGUAAAACCUUUAGAGAGUUUUAUGAAGAAAAUACUUUGGAACAUGGAUGACAUGUGUAGGUCAAGAUUUUAACAGAUGCCUUAUCAGUUGUGUAUACACCUGUUUCUCCGUGAAUUUGUACAGGUAAAGCAUCUUUUUUUUUAAUUUCAGAAACAAGUUUUUAAUAAUUUUGUUGUUUACUAAUAAUUUGAUAGUCAUAGUAAUAUUAGGAGAAAGCAGGUAGUAUAUAGAGGUGGGAGUCCUUUUUACUUUGUGGAUGCUGUCCCUGGUCUGCGGAUUUGAUAUGUUGUAUAGUUUGUAAAGAGCAAGGAGAAGAAAUGCUGCAAAAUAAUGAAGGAUGUUUCCUUGAAGGGGAACAGCGUGUUGUGCAAUCCAGUAGAUAUGAACUAUUCAGCCGCUGUGCUACAAUGUAUUAGUCCAAGAAAGCUGUACUAGUCUAACAAGCAAGCAGGUCGACACAGAUGUAAAAGUAUAGGCAUCAGAAAUAGCAAAAUAUUUAACUUAUUGCUUUUUAUUUCAUGGAAGAUAGGAGAGACUCAGUGAUUGAUUUCACUGUGUAACCACAUUUACGCCUUGUAUUGUAACACUUCGACUUACCAACGGCUCAUUCCAGAAACCUGCAGUCAUGUAGUGGAAAGUUCUGUGGUUCCAGUGCCAUGAUCUGACUGAGCUCUUUCCAUGAAAUGGCAGUGAUACACAGUCAAAGCAGCACAGAUCUGAGAAAUAUUACAGGUACAGGUGUAUAGGUACGAGUUUAUAUUAGAAAGUUUCAAUCUCCUGGCCAUUUGAGGUAUAACCUUUCAUUCACACGGUCGCUUUAGCUGCUGUUGUGUCCAUUACAGCGAUUCAGCAGCCAGGCGUUAGUCUCAGAUCAUAUUUCAUACCCAAGGUUUUCAAAUCUAGAAUGUGUUUCUAAAGCAUGUGCUAUAGUAAUUAAAUGUGCUAAACAAAGACGGAACCUAAUGGUUUUAUUUAGCAGUGUCCCCUCAACAUUUCUUAGAUCUCCGCUGUUGAGGGUAUGUCAUAUUGUCUUCAUUAUUUUUACUCGACGAGACGUUUUUAAAUCCGUGUUUAUGUGUACAAAUUAGAUUUAUUGAUUUAUCACUUUAAAAUUCUAAUCUAAUUGUUUAGAGCUCAAAUUGUAUAAAGUAAGUUAAUUAAAAGUGAAUGUUUCUGUAAUAAAUACAGAGGAGAGCUAAUGCUGUGAGAGCUGAAGCAGAGAAGUGGAAGAUAAACGAUCUUUAUUUUGGUCUAAAUCGAUGCCAGUCCCAGCAGCAGAGAGGCUGUCGAACAGCCCCACAUCUGCCCUUCUGUUCAAAUUCAAAGACGUGGACCCUUGUUUGUGUGUUUUUUUUUUUUGUUUGUUUCCCCGCUGGUAGAUCUAGCUGGGAACACAUUUCCUGUAAAAUAUUAUUUCUAAUAUUUUGUAAAAUGUGACUUUGUUUUCAAAGUGGUCACUGUUCAUGUUACGUCGACACUGCAGAGCAUGCACAGUUCCUGCUUUGUCCGCCUCUUUGUAUAAACUGUUCUGAUUUCUGGGUCUGUGUACUGCAGAUGCUUUUGUAAGUGGAUGAACAUUUUCUUUUGACUUUAUUUAGUCCUGUUGAACAAAUUUUGAUUUAAAUAAUCCUAGUUUGUUUGUUUUUUUUGACUAAAUAAACUGUUUUAUUACAA